AUGUCUAGAAGUUUGUUUGUCGACAAUUUAGACGAAAUUCUCAUCGUAUAUCAAACUCAAAUAUCUUUUUUCAUUGCUGUUAUUGGAGGUUUUCUUAACCUGUUCCAUUUUGCAGUACUUACUCGACCAGCUCUGAGAACAUUUACAAUUUACUUUUUUAUGACUAUAAUUGCAAUUUGUGAUUUCUUCAGAUUAUUUUUAGUUAUAGUAACUGCGUUGCCAAGUUUUUAUUACACCUAUCAACAAUCAAUACUUCCUUCAGAAUGUAUACCACCUUACUCGUAUUUUACUGUGUCUAUGGAACUUGGUUUUUCAAUUCUAUCAAAAAUUUCUGGAAAACUUGUUGUUUGGAUUGUUGUGGCCAUGUCUAUUCUGAGACUAAUUGCUAUCAAAUGCCCAUUAAGUCCAAGAGUUCAAAAAACUAUCGAAACGAAACACGGAAUCCGACUGAUCUACUUCAUAUGUAUCACCCUCAUCCCAUUCGCAUAUCUCGAAAUUCAAUACAACAAUGUUCGAGUUUUCCAAACCUUGACACUGCCUCAGAAUUGUGAAAAAGUUUCAAAAAUCACAAAGUGCAAAGAAUAUAUCAUAGUACCAGCCAAAUACGAUUACUACAUAUUAUCUUGUAUUGAAGGAUAUCUGUUUCGAGUAAUACCAUCUUUUAUGACAACAUUUGCUACAGUUUGGUUAAUUCAUCAACUGAAAAAAAUGCGAAGAUCAGCGUCUACAAGAAGUUCAGCUAAUUCGGAUAGCAAUGAACGUUUCACAAAACUGGUUGUUUUAUUCAAUGUAAUAUUUUUAUUGUCAACUGCACCAACCGAAAUUAUCCUAGUAUUUGAAUAUGUUUAUGAAGGUUAUGAUUCAUUAAUAUCGAUCAUAACCAAGUUCCAAUUUAUUUGUGAUAUUUUGCCAUUGCUCAACGGACUCAUACACUUCCUAUCGUGCUUUUUCAUGUCCUCUCAUUACAGAAAAGCUGUCACAAAAAUGAUUGGAUGUAGAAAAAAACAGAAUAAUACUAAUACAAUAACUAUGUGA